AAUAAGAGACAAACACAGGGGAGAGAGCUGUGGCUGCUGUGUAAAGGAGAGAGCUGGGCUUUCUCCAUUUUUUCCGUUGAAAAGCUCCCAUUUUACUCUCUCCCAGUCAAUCAGAAAUUUGAAAACCUAGAAUUUGAAAUCUACCCACAACCCCGUCUCUCCACUGAUCAUUCAUUUCUUCACCGUCCCAUUUCCGGCGGUAAAAUUUUGGCCCUUGGGUUGCCAAAAUCGCAACAGCAAACAGCAGCUGCUCCCCUGCUUAAAUGUGAGCCAAAUUCUCUUAUCCCCUCUUGAAUUCUAGCUACAUGUUGCGUUCUGGAAUGUAAUUUUUCUGAAACUGAUGUUGAAGUUCCUGUAUUUCGCGAUUUUCUAUAGUUGUUAACCUCAGCAACCAAACUCCCAUUUGCUGGGUUUCUGCUUCCUUCCUAGUUCAAUUAGUUUUGUCUUUCGUUUUCCUCUUAUGCAGGCUGAUUGAAUUUCUGUUUCCACAGAUUCUGUUGCAUUGGCUUCAGAUCUUAAAGGUGCGCCUCUCUGCCUUCUUAUAGAAUUUGGCCUUGCGGAGGUUUUUGUCUCUUCGGUGAUUGGUUUCCUGAAGUUGUUCUUGCUGAAAUCUUUUAGGUUUCCCCUGAAAGAGUGGGACAAUGGAUAAGGAAAAAAAGAGUUCAGAGACUGAUUUUCUGCUACAAUGGGGGACCAAAAAGAGGCUCAGAUGCGUGAAACUGAAGAAAAAUCAAAACUUGGCCAAGAAUUCUAGACCAGCUGAUUCUUUCCCUAAGAAGAGACUCACAUCUGCUGUCGUCACUUUGAAGAAAGAUUCCCCUUCUCGUUUCAUGAAGAGUGAUAUGUUACCAAGCAAGAGGAAGGUACUGUCACCAGAGAAAGAAGACCGGUACUACACUACGAGGGGAUCGUUGGGGUUAGACGAAAGCAGUAAGCUGUUAAUAGAUGGUAUUGAGGAAGAAAAAGGUCAUCAUGUCUGGCCUAAAUUGUUUAUCUCAUUGUCCAAUAAAGAAAAGGAAGAGGAUUUCUUGGCGAUGAAAGGGUGCAAACCAUCUCAAAGGCCCAAGAAAAGGGCCAAGUUGAUCCAAAGAACAAUACUCUUGGUGAGCCCUGGUACAUGGCUGUCGGAUUUGACUCAAGAGAGAUAUGAAGUUCGGGAGAAGAAGACUGCCAAAAGGAGACCCAGGGGAUUGAAGGCAAUGGGCGGUAUGGAAAGUGAUUCAGAAUCAUAGAUCCAUACGUGGCAAGGAGAAAAGUAAAGCAUCGUGAUUGCUUGAAGUGUGAGACUAACCAGCAAUCAAGGACCAGAUCAGAGAUUCUUAUGAGUGAUUUAAUCAUUUCGCGCUUUGCUUGUUGAAGAAAUAUGGCGGUAGUCGUGACUCUUGAGCAGAGCGAUAGAUUAAUGGCAUCCUCUCUUCAGCUCCAUAUUAUCAUACCUGUAACAGUGUUUCACUAUUUGGGUUGGAGUAUAAAUUAAAGCUUAUUUU